AUGAGCAGCAGCCCCUCUGAGACGGAGGAGCCCUCGGGCCACAAGAACACCGCCACCGAGGACGACACUUCCAUGCUCACCCAACACUCUGAGUACGUCACCGAGCUGCUUGGCGAACGUGCUCGUCUCGGCAAACCGGAACAGCCCUUCAAGCAUCUGCCGCGCCUCAUCGAGGCCGAGAUCAACCGCUUUCUGGGAAGCAUGACCACAGAGAGCAGCCGCACCGAAAAACUGCCGAAGCGCAUCAUGCUCCAGGAAAAGUUGAUCGUGCCCGUCGACAAGUACCCCAAGUAUAACUUUGAACCACUGAACGUGAUUGUCCAAUGUGAGGACUACGAAGAUGUGUGCAGGAAGAAGCUGGAGUACGCGAUCGACAAGGUCAACGUUCUGCUGAACCCUCCGCCGGAGGGCAAAGAUGAGCUGAAGCGUAAGCAGCUGAUUGACCUCUCCAUCAUCAAUGGCACAUACCGCCCAACGGUGGCUACGAAACCUCACUCGGGCUCGCACAAUCCAUUAUGGGAAGAGUUCUUGAACCAACAAUGCUUUCUUUCGAGCAGCUACGCAGGCGUCAGGGACCGAGCUCGGCCCUACACGGAUCUUAUGGGCCACAGCCACGUUCCUCUACUCGUCCGGAAUUUCCGGUGGAUUCCGUAUUGUUUGAUCGUGCAACUGAUGCUAUUUGCGGUGCCCAAGUUUGCCUGGACUACCUUCGGAUUGUCGGCUGAUGGAGUGAAUAAGGUCGUCUCGAUCAUCUCCCAGACGCGCUGCCUCAAAGAUUUGACCGGCGAAGAGCGAUCCCGGGAGACGCCCGCAACCAUGGCGAUGGCUUCCGCUGCUCUACGAAACAGUCAAGUGCGCAUCUCAUCGCCAUCUGAUCAACUGUUUGAAUAUUUCGUCAACACUGCGCUGAUGCCAGAUGGAUGCAUUGCUCUGUGGUUCAUACAGAGAGCGAUUUGGGACCAAUCCGUCAGCCGGAUCAAGAAGAACACCAAGCCGAUUCUACGUGUACAGGGCAGUCUGGACUACCUCGGCGGCCCUGGGAGAGAAUCGAUUACGGAAGGUCGUGAUGAGCCGAUGGACUUUGAGGAGCCGCUGCCGCAAACGUCCGACUUCGAGAAGGAUCGGCUGCUCGACGUAGCCGAAUACGAUACGCUACGUACUCGAUUGGCUGCAGUUGAGAAUGAUGCGCGGCAGCUCCGGGCGGGUCUUGCGAUUCGUCGAGCGAUGGAAUCGUGUGCGUCGAACCGGAUGUCAGAGAAGCGCAGUUUUCAUAACGAUGCCGGGUUCCCAUUGCGAUGUCGAGUCGAGACGGAGCAUCUACAUGACGAACGGAUACAUUUCAAGCCCGCCGCCAGAGCACCGGUAGAGCUACGAAUCGAAGCACAGAGGCUAUUUCCGACGAAUGUCUACGGAAAACGCUCCGUGUUAAGGAUUCCACUAGACCUUCGACUUGUGACGCUUUGGAAUCUUGGCACAAACGCUGAGUUGGAUGAGGAGCGGAAGAGACCCGCUGGGUUGACAAGUCCUCUGAAUUGUUCUUCCGUUCCGAUCCCGGGGCAGUUGGCCUAUCUGUUGUGUGGCCGACUCCGAGACGUUGACGCCGGGCGCUACCACCAGAUUCAUCGUCUCGACGCGCGUCCAUGUCACAGA